AUGCCAGAGUCAAAGCAACUUGUCAUGCUCAGCCUGUGUUUGUUACUCUUAGCGGCAGCCCUUGCCGAGCCCAAAGUUCGUGUGCAAGUAAAUGACAGACGUUCAGGUGUGGCCUAUUUUGUCCCACAUGAUGCUCCCGAUCCAAGCGUUUUGGUGCCAUCUCCCAGCAACCAUUCGGAACGAGAGGAAGUGAGACAGUUGCUCAUGGAAGACGUGAUCAAUGUACCAGAAGAUGUGGAACUGACAAAAGAAAUGUGA